AUGGUCUGGUGUCUGACAUACCGUCGUAGGCUUUCCUACAAUACAGCCUCUAACAAAACUAGACUGUCCCAAACCCCUGGUAAUAGAAUAGUUUCCCUUUAUACCAAGAAGGUUGGGAAAGCACCAAAAUCUUCAUGUGGCGUGUGUCCAGACAGAUUUCAAGGGUUUUGUGCUGUGAGACCUAAAGUUCUUAUGAGGUUGUCUAAAAUGAAAAAACAUGUCAGCAGGGCCUGUGGUGGCUCCAUGUGUGCCAAAUGUGUCCAUGACAGGAUCAAGCAUACUUUCCUUAUUGAUGAGCAGAAAAUGGUUGUGAAAGUGUUGAAAGCACAAGCACGGAGUCAGAAAGCUAAAUUUAAAAAAUGA